AUGCUUGAAAAGGCAAUGUACUUGGCGAAAGUUGGGUUAAGAGAAGAUAAAAGAGAUGAUAUGAAGCAAGAAUACUUCAACAAGAAUUUGACUCCUUCGACUGAAUUCGAAGUUGUUAAGUGGUUAAACAAUCCGGCUUUCAGAUUGAAGUUUUUCGAGUUAAGUAGGGAGAAUCUUGAUAUUACUCAUUCUUUUUGGACCUAUAACUUGCUUAUUAGGUCAUUUUGUCAUGUGGGUUUACAUGGUUCUGCUAAGUUGGUUUUUGAUUAUAUGAAGAUUGAUGGGCAUUUGCCUGAUAGUACUUUGUUAGGGUUUAUGAUCUCAGCUUUUGGGAGGGCUGGUGAAUUUUAUAUGGCAAGGAAAUUGCUUGCUGAAGUUCAGUCUGAUGAUGUAAUGGUCACCGUUUAUGCAAUGAACAACUUGUUGAAUAUGAUGGUUAAGCAAAGCAAACUAGAAGAGGCAGCUAAGUUACAUAAAGAGAACGUAGAAUCAAACUUCAAACCGGAUACUUGGACGUUCAAUAUUCUAAUUCGAGGACUUUGCGGAGUUGGAAAAGUGAAUCAGGCUUUUGAGUUUUUUAAUGACAUGAAGAGCUUUGGUUGUUUUCCUGAUCUUGUUUCAUAUAACACCAUUAUAAAUGGAUUAUGUAGGGCAAAUGAGGUAGACAAAGGUCAUAGUUUAUUGAAUGAAAUUCGUUUGAGAGAUGAUUGUUCACCGAAUGUUUUGACGUAUACAUCGAUCAUAUCUGGUUAUUGCAAGUUGGGCAAGAUGAAGGAGGCAUCUGCUCUUUUUAGUGAGAUGAUAAAUUCCGGAACUGUGCCUAGUGUUGUCACUUUUAAUGCUUUGAUUGAUGGCUUUGGAAGAGUUGGUGAUAUGCUUUCCGCUAAAUCAAUGUAUGAGAAGAUGGCUUCUUUUGGUUGCAGUGCUGAUGUUGUUACCUUCACCUCCUUGAUUAACGGGUAUUGUCAGAUAGGAGAUGUGAACCAGAGUUUGCAGCUUUGGAAUGCAAUGGUAGUGAGAAAUAUAUCUCCAAAUGUCUAUACCUUUGCAAUUACUAUUAAUGCUCUAUGCAAGCAAAAUAGAAUACACGAGGCUCGUGGACUUUUGAGGGAGUUGCAAUGUACGAAUAUUGUUCUGAAACCAUUUAUCUUCAACCAUGUGAUUGAUGGGUUCUGCAAGGCCGGGAACUUGAAUGAGGCCAACCGGAUAGUUGCAGAGAUGGGGAAGAAAUGUGAACCUGAUAAAGUGACAUUUACUAUUCUCAUUAUCGGGCAUUGUAUGAAAGGAAGAAUGCUUGAAGCAAUUAGCAUUUUCGAUAAAAUGUUAUCAGUUGGUUGUGCCCCAGAUGGUGUCGCUGUACACUCUUUGAUAUCUUGCCUUUUUAAAGCUGGGAUGCCUAAUGAAGCCUUUCAUAUUUCUACAAUAGCAUCACGUGACAUGAAGUUGACUGGUUCAACUUCCGAUGAUAAUAGUGCUCACUGGAGGAUAAAUAGAGAUAUGUCUGUGUCUGCUUAAGAUAAAAGCUUCCCUGAUCAUUGAACUUGGUUUCAUCCCCAAAUAUCAAGUAUUCAUUCAAGCAUCUCUAGCCCGAAGCACAAUCGAAAUUGCAUUCGGAUCGCAGAUAAGUAUUUUUCAAGAUAUUGUAAACUUUAAUGGUACUGUGUUGUUGCUUCUUAACCUUAUAUGAGGGAUAUAGGAGAUUUAAAGCUACUCAAUCUUAAAUCUGAACUUGGUAGGGGAACAACACCAGUAAAUGCUAUCAAAGGCACCUUGCAUGGUAUGCCUAAUGAGUCGGAAAGGACCACAGAGGUUAGCUAUUUAUCCUCACAGUUUGGUAUCU